AUGUGCAAAUACGUCUUAAUUGCAAUCGCAUUAAUGGUAAGUGGCCAAUUACAGCUACAGUCAACGCUACACGAGGGCUUUGACUUCUCCAAUGUGGAUCUGGUGAAUUUUGAGUAUUUCAAGAAUUUGGACUCGCAGCAUCCACAGCGGGGAGCACAGGCGAAUCCGAUUAUUGUGCACUUUCAGAAGAAGAAAGCCGUCUUGGAUUAUUUCGAGCGUCUGUUUCUGGGCAACUCACCGUUCCAGCAGCCCAGCGAGAUACCCUUUGAUCCCCACUUUGGACGCAACUGGCGACCCAACUAUGAACAUAAAUUUGGACGACGAGGCGAGCGUUUAAUUGCUGCACUCGGCUCGGGUUAUUCGAUUCGGCAGCUGCGACACUUUGGAGCCAUACCACAGGAAUAUGGCACACGGCAUUAUCCCAGUUGA